GUUGAAUAGAAACAGGCAGCAGGCAAAGACAGAAGAACAGAACUGAAGUGUCUAUCAACAUAUCCAAACAGACAAAAUGAAAAUCAUUUUUAUCAUAUUUGCUGUAGCCCAGAUCCUCUACUAUUCUGAUUCUGGGAUUCCAUGUGAUCAGUCGACCAAUUCACAGACACCUGAGGCAGUAAAUGCUACAAUUACACAAGUGAAUCAGAUGUUUGCAAUGAAUAAUCUCUUCCGUAUUGUGAGCUGCCAAGUACUAAAUGCCACUGAUUUGGGAGAAGGUGCAACGGAUUUCGAAAUAAUCAUUGAUGUCCAGGAAACUGUAUGUGCUGUAAAUUCUGGAUUGGAUCCGGCAAAUUGUACACUGCUACUUACCCCAGAUGCCAAAACUGCUACUUGCACCAGCCAGGUUCAAGUGAGACGGAAUGAAAGUCCAGUUGUUAUGGUACAAUGCAUGAACACAAGUAUGACAACACCAACCCCAACAUCAACACCAACACCAAACACAACGUCGACACCAACACCAACAUCAACCCCAACCUCAACAUCAACAUCAACACCAACACCGAUGUCAACAGCAACAUCAAGGCCAACGUUGACCACAACUACAACAACAACAACCAAAUCACCACCAUCGUCGUCAUCGGAAAGCAGUGAAUCAUCAGAGGAAUGCAAUACAAAGGUAAAUUGCAGAACUCUGAAAAAUUCACUUCAUUAA